AUGGACGCCGUUCUCGCUGAGGCGGCGCGCGCCGACCCCUCGCUGACCGCGCCCGUGAAGGCCAUCGAGGACAAGUGGCUGCUGCUGCCUGCGUACCUGCAAGUCAAGGGUCUCGUCAAGCAGCACAUCGACUCGUUCAACUACUUUGUCGAUGUGGACCUCAAGAACAUCCUGCGCGCGAACGAGCGCGUGACGUCGGACAUUGACCCCAAGUUCUUCCUCAAGUACACGGACAUCCAUGUCGGGCACCCGGAGCGUGCGGAUCCAGAUGCGAUCGACCGCAGCAUCACGCCACACGAGUGCCGCCUGCGCGACAUUACCUACAGUGCGUUCAUCUACGUCGACAUGGAGUACACGCGCGGUGGCAAGAUUGUGCGCCGGAAGAACGUGCCGAUUGGACGCCUGCCGAUCAUGCUGCGCAGCAACAAGUGCUGGCUCGCGGGGCAGGACGACGCCACACUCGCGCGCAUGAACGAGUGCCCGCUGGAUCCAGGCGGCUACUUUGUCGUCAAGGGCACGGAAAAGGUGAUCCUCGUGCAGGAGCAGCUGUCCAAGAACCGUAUCCUCGUCGAGGCAGACAGCCGCAAGGGGCUCGUGCAGGCGUCGGUCACCAGUUCGACGCACGAGCGCAAGUCCAAGUCGUACGUGCUCACUAAGCACGGCCUCCUGUACGUCAAGCACAACUCGCUGCACGAGGACAUUCCCAUCGUGAUUGUCUUCCGCGCACUCGGCAUCCAGUCCGACAAGGAGAUCCUGCAGCUCGUCGCCGGGCAGGACGAGACGUACGCCGAGCUUUUUGCCAUCAACCUCGAGCGGGCCGCGAAGCUCGAGGUGUUCACGCGGAAACAAGCACUCGACUAUAUCGGUGCGCGCGUCAAGAUCCUGCGCCGCGGCGUCGGCCUGCGUCGCGCGCCCAGCGACGAGGCGCUCGAAGUCCUCGCGACGGUCAUCAUGGCGCAUGUGCCGGUCGUCAACGACGAUUUCCGCCACAAGGCCAUGUACAUCGCGGCCAUGGUGCGCCGCGUCCUCGUCUGCAUGGUCGACGAGAGCAAGGUCGAUGACCGCGACUAUGUCGGUAACAAGCGCCUCGAGCUCGCCGGCCAACUCCUGGCGCUCCUGUUCGAGGACUUGUUCAAGAAAUUCAACCACGACCUCAAGACCAACAUCGACAAGGUGCUCAAGAAGCCGAACCGCACCGCCGAGUUUGACGCGUACAACCAGUUUUUCUACCACGGCGACUACAUUACCGCGGGCUUCGUGCGUGCGAUCUCGACGGGCAACUGGAGCCUGAAGCGCUUCAAGAUGGAGCGCGCUGGCGUCACCCACGUCCUGAGCCGCCUCAGCUACAUCAGUGCGCUCGGCAUGAUGACGCGCAUCAGCAGUCAGUUUGAGAAGACACGGAAGGUCUCCGGCCCACGUGCCCUGCAGUCGUCCCAGUGGGGCAUGCUUUGCCCGUCGGAUACGCCGGAGGGCGAGGCGUGUGGUCUCGUGAAGAACCUCGCGCUGAUGACGCACAUCACGACGGACGUCGACGAGGCGCCCAUCGUGCGCCUGUGCUACACGCUCGGCCUCGAGGACAUCCACCUGCUCACCGGCGCGGAGCUGUACCACCCGUCGACGUACGUCGUGUACCUGAACGGUCAUGUGCUGGGCGUCACGCAGACGCCCCACCGCUUCGUGGCGCAGUUCCGCCGCCUGCGGCGCGCUGGCUGCAUGUCCGAGUUUGUCGGCAUUUACACCAACGUGCACCACCAGACCGUGCACAUUGCGUCGGACGGCGGGCGCAUCUGCCGGCCCAUGAUCAUCGUGCAGCACGGGCGGCCGCAGGUCACGAGUGAGCAUAUCCGGCGGCUGCAGGCGGGCGAGAUGGCGUUUGACGACUUCCUGCGGCAGGGCCUUGUCGAGUACCUCGACGUGAACGAGGAGAACGACUCGAACAUUGCGCUGUUUGAGCACAGCAUCCAGCCGUCGACGACGCACCUCGAGAUCGAGUGCUUCACGCUGCUCGGCGCGGUCGCUGGCCUGAUCCCGUACCCGCACCACAACCAGUCGCCGCGCAACACGUACCAGUGUGCGAUGGGUAAGCAAGCGAUCGGCGCGAUUGCCUACAACCAGCUGAACCGCAUCGACACGCUGCUGUACCUGAUGGUGUACCCGCAGCAGCCGCUCGUCAAGACGAAGGCGAUCGAGCUGAUUGGGUACGACAAGCUGCCUGCCGGCCAGAACGCCAUGGUCGCCGUGAUGAGCUACUCUGGCUACGACAUUGAAGACGCGCUCGUGCUGAACCGCGCCUCGCUCGACCGCGGGUUCGGGCGCUGCCAGGUGAUGCGCAAGCAGUCGACGGUGCUGCGGAAGUAUGCGAAUGGCACGUUCGACCGCCUCGCCGACGCGCCGUUGAACGAGCACGGCGAGCCGCUGCGCCGCUACGAGGCGCUCGAGGCGGACGGCAUCACGGGCGCGGGCGAGCGCUUGGAGCCUGGCGCCGUGUUCGUCAACAAGCAGAUGCCCACGAACGCCAACGACAAUAGCGCCGGCACGGCGCUGCACUCGGCCGUAUCGUACAAGAGCGCGCCGCUCUCGUACAAGGCGCCCGUCGAGGGCUACGUGGACCAGGUGCUUAUCAGCGACACGGACUCGGACCAGACGCUCGUCAAGGCGCUCAUCCGCCAGACGCGGCGGCCAGAGCUGGGCGACAAGUUCUCGUCGCGCCACGGCCAAAAGGGCGUGUGUGGUCUGAUUGUGCCGCAGGAGGACCUGCCGUUCACCGACGACGGUAUCCACCCCGACAUCAUCAUGAACCCCCACGGCUUCCCGUCGCGUAUGACGGUCGGCAAGAUGAUCGAGCUGCUGGCCGGCAAGGCCGGUGUGAUCGAUGGCUCGCUGCAGUACGGCACGGCCUUCGGCGGCUCGCGCGUCGAGGAUAUGGCCCGCAUCCUCGUGCAGCACGGCUACAACUACGGUGGCAAAGAGUACCUCACGAGCGGCACGACCGGUGAACCGCUCGAGGCGUACGUGUACUUUGGCCCGAUCUACUACCAGAAGCUCAAGCACAUGGUCAUGGACAAGAUGCACGCGCGCGCGCGCGGACCGCGUGCCGUGCUCACGCGCCAGCCGACCGAGGGACGCAGCCGCGACGGUGGUCUGCGGCUCGGCGAGAUGGAGCGCGACUGUCUCAUCGGCUACGGCGCGACACAGCUGCUCCUCGAGCGCCUGAUGGUCAGCAGCGACGCGUUCGUCGUGAACGUGUGCGAGACUUGUGGCCUCCUGGGCUACAACGGCUACUGCGGCUACUGCAAGAGCUCCAAGAACGUGGUCCAGCUGACCGUGCCCUACGCCACCAAGCUCCUUUUCCAGGAGCUCAUGGCCAUGCAGGUCGUGCCCCGCCUCGUGCUCGAGGACGCCGCCUGA